AUGACAUCAGUCUUCAAAAACGGACGCUUCUUCGUGCCACACGCAGGCGAUGGCCAAGACUUUACCGAUGGGAUGAUUAUCGAAAAUGGCAAGAUCUCCCAUGUUGGCUCUCUAGAUGGGAUCAACACUCCAGCAGAUGCAACGAUUAUUGAUUUGGAAGGCCGCACGGUCAUCCCGGGCUUCAUCGAUGCCCAUGUGCAUAUCCUGCACUACGGUCAGUCCCUGCGAAAGGCCGAUCUCAUCAGUUGUACUUCGCUGGAACAAAUCCGCGAGACCAUCAAGGCCUACGCCGAGGCACAUCCAUCUAUCCCUCGGAUUCUGUGCCGAGGCUGGAUUCAAUCCUCCACGGAUGGAAUCGCCCUAGCAACUAUGCUGGAUGGGAUCGACCCACGUCCCAUCUUCGUGGACGCCUUCGAUCUCCACUCCAUGUGGUGUAGCUCCGCUGCCCUCGACGAGAUGAACAUCCACACCGCGCCAGACCAGCCCGGCGGCACGAUCCAACGCGAUGAAAACGGAAGAGCAACAGGCCUUCUGGACGAGUCUGCCCUGGUGAACCUCGCAUGGCCAUAUAUCGAAAUCGUAACAUCAACAGAAGACAAACUCAGUGCUCUGCACACUGCAAUAACCACAUACACCAAAGCCGGGUACACCGGAGUCGUCGACAUGGCCAUGGACGAAAGCACCUGGGAGAUUCUAAACCUCUACCGACGCGACCACGCCAUCCCCUUCCACAUAGGCGCACACUGGCUCGUCCCAUUCUCUACAGACCAAAAGGCCAACCUGAAACACGUCGACCGCGCAAUUCACCUCCACAAAGAAUACUCCUCACCAGACUUCACCAUCCUCGGCAUCAAACUCAUCUGCGACGGCGUCGUAGACGGCUGCACCGCCGCCCUCCUCCAACCCUACACUGGCAAGUCCUCCCGGGUGGACCCCAUCUGGCCCGAAGCCCUCCUUCAAGAAGUCGUCCACCACGCCGACGCAGCAGGCAUUCAAUGCGCCAUCCACGCAAUCGGCGACAAAGCCGUAAACCAAGCAAUCACCGUCCUCUCCCGCGUCGGCACGCCCGGCCAUCGCCACAGAAUCGAACAUCUAGAAAUGACCACCUCGGAAGACGCGAAACGUCUAGGUGAACUGGGCAUCACGGCCUCCAUUCAACCCGUUCACUCAGACCCUGCUCUCUUCAAGGCCUGGCCUGGUCUUGUGGGCCAUGAGCGCUGUAAGCGCGCUUUUGCGUAUAAGGAGUUUCUGGAUGGCGGGGCGCCGAUUGCGAUUGGGACGGACGCACCGACGGCGCCACAUAUGCCGUUCCCGAAUUUGUAUAAUGCUACAACGAGGAGGUCAGCUGUUGAGGUUGAGAGUGAGGAUACGCUGAAUCCGGAGUUUGCAUUGGGUUUGGCUCAGGCGACGGCUGGUGCUACGGCUGGGGCUGCGUAUGCGAGGUUUGCGGAUGGUUGGACGGGGAGUUUGAGGCAGGGGCUUGAUGCGGAUUUCUUGGUUGUUGAUGUACAGUGGACGCCGGAGAAGUUGCUUGAUGCCCGGGUGUGUCAGACUUGGUAUCGGGGCAAGAAGGUGUUUGAAUGA